UACCAUACCAACCAUAUCAGAGGAAAAGAAAAUGCGUAAGGAUAAUGUGGUUUAUCUCAAUUCAUUGAUUACCAGUGGUUAUACCAAGAAAGUGGAUAUCACAUUUAUUCCACGGAGGAUCUGGAGUCCUGAAGCCACAACAGCAGAGCUGAUCAGAAAAAGGGAGCUGCGGCGAGAGAGGUUCACUUAUGAGGUGGACUUUGAGGACUUCAUGAUGCCCUUUCAGAAGAACAUCACAGAAAAAGCUAAAGCCUUGGAAGCCGCCUUCAAGACCUAAAUCACAGCAGCUGCUUCUUGCGGUCAACAUUUUGAGGCCCAGGGACCAUACUUCAGAGAAAAUUGGUAUUUCCAUCAAAGUCAAAGCAAUCCACAAAUUAAGAAUUUGUAACCAAACAUUUGUUUUUGCUCUAACAACUAUAAAUAUUCUGAGCUAUCUAGAAAGUAUUUUAUUUUGCAAUGAAUUACAUAUUCUGGAUAAACCCCCUAAUCUUCUUUAAGGAUGUAGGGGAAUAAAUGGCAUUUUCGUUAUAAACAUAACAUUAUCACAAAAAAUUU